CUGGUUAUUUAUUUUUGCCUAAACGUGUAAUUAUUUAUAGUCUUCUUGUAGAUAACAUAUUGAACAUAUUGAAUUAAAGAAUUUUUUCUCCUCCCACUUACUUGGAUAUCAGCAGGAAGUAAGUAGUAAUGUUCUUUUUAUUAGAAAAAGGAGGAUAAUCUAGUAAAUUGGGCAGUUAUAUGUGUAGCUGGCAAUCAUGUGUUUUAUUUUAAGUAGUCUACCUAAAACAUUGAGAACCUAAUUCCUGUGAUUCAAGAGAAUGUAAAAGUGAAAGUAAACUUCCUGAAGAAAACAAACAGGAAGAGAAGAGAAGAGAACGACAAAUGGCUACUAACGCCCUACAGUCUGAGGCAGACUGCACUUGCCCUGUGUGCUGUGAUAUAUUUACUGACCCUGUUUUGCUGCUGUGCGGUCACAGCUUCUGUCAGCAUUGUUUGCAAGAGUGGUGGAGACAGAGCACACAGAGGACAUGCCCGGUUUGUAAGGAAAUAUUUCACAUGACUCGGCCGCCACGAAAUCUGGCGUUGAGAAACCUGUCUGACUCCUUGAGACAGGAGAGGAAUAAGAAUGCUGGAUCCAAUGAGUUUUGUUCCCUGCACGGUGAGAAGUUCAAACUCUUCUGCCAGGAUGACCAGCAACCCAUCUGUUUGGUUUGUCGAGAUGCUAAGGCACACAAGAAACACAACAUUGUUCCUAUUAAUGAAGCAGCAGAGGAGCACCGCGCCAAAGUCCGGCUCAAUCUGCUCAAUCUAAAAAGUAAGCAGGGAUCAUAUGAGAAGGUAAAACAGAACUGGGAUAAAAUAGCCAAGAAAAUCCAGUUUCAGGCUCAGCAGACAGAGAAGACCAUCAGAGAUGAGUUUCAGAAGCUUUAUUGGUUCCUGCGAGCAGAGGAGGCUGGUCGGAUAGAUGCAUGUCGGAAAGAGGCAAAGUGUAAGAGUGAUGCAAUGAAUGUGAGGAUUGUAAAUUUAACCGCAGGGAUUUCUGAGUUCAUGAAAAAAAUCAAAACCAUAGAAGAUGAGAUGAGAACAGAUGACAUCUCAUUCAUGCUGAAUGUGAAAAAAACAUUGAAGAGAUCUUCGUGCACACAGCCAGAACCAGAGACUCCAACAGGAACAUUAAUUGAUGAGGCUAAACACAUUGGCAACCUGCAGUUCUCAGUUUGGAACAAAAUGGCUGCUAUCGUGCAAUACACUCCUGUAACUCUGGAUCCCAACACCAGCUCUUAUGAUCUGACUGUAUUGGAUAACCUAACUAAAUCAAGAGAAACAACUAAUUCUCAGUCAAUUCCUGACACCCCGGAAAGGCUGCAGUGGUCAGACAUUCUUGGCUACCAAGGUUUUAACUCUGGUAAACACUGCUGGGAUGUGGAAGUGGAUGGUUAUUGGGCAGUAGGUGUGGCUGCUAAAACCAUAUAUAUGCCUUCCUGCGUGCCAUCUUAUAAAACAUGGGGAAUCUAUAUGUGCCCUUGCACUAAUAUCCUGCGUAACCUUACUCUAGGGGAUUACCAAACAGAAAUUGUAGCAGAUUCAUUUCCUAAAAAGAUCAGAGUGCAGUUUGAUUAUGACAAAGGAAUUUCAUUUUUUGACCUUGAUCGAAAAAGAAUAGUGUAUGACAUUAAAUACACCUUCACAGAAACAGUCUUUCCAUACUUCCGUGGAAUUGUAAAGAUUUUACCCACUAAACUAUCAGUCAGUGUGACGUAUCCCUGAUCUCCAAUCUAAAAAUGCUUGAGGCCAAACAUCAAGAUGAAGCACUGAAACUGUCUUAUCUUACUUACAAAGAUGUUUGACUAAACUUAGCAAAUUUUGAACUUCUUGACAAGAUAUUGGUAAACAUGUAUUAUACCUUAUUUUAGCAGGGUUCCCGAUCAGUAAAUUGGUAUUCUAAUAGUUUUCCUAACAGACAAACAACAUUGAAUUUAUAUAAAGUUGACUUGUUGUCCAUGGUAUGAUCACCUACUAAACCUAAUCUACAUGUAUUUUCCUUCAUGAAAAUCCCAGGCAUCCAACAUGGUUUUGUCAACUGGUUUAAGGAAUCAUGUAGUGUGGUGUUCUGGAAAGGUGCAGUAACAGUUUUAGUUUUGCUAAUGACAGUUUUGACUGCAAAACAUGUCCAAAGCAAUAUAAUUUAGGGAACACUGCAAAACUAUAAUAGUUUGAAUGUCACAAGUUAAGUGCGUGUCCUCUAUGUCUAGGAUAUUUUUUAAUUAGCCACUUAUGGGACUUAGAUACAAGGCUAAAAUUAAAGGAUUAAAAUGAUAUGGGAGACAAGAUAACGAAGGAGAAUAUGAUAUGAAGAAAGAUAUAUAUGUUUUAUUCCACUUGUUUUUUGUCUACAGAUUUUACAGUAAAAUGUUUGCAUACUUUUUUGAGAGUAAAUAAGGUAUGAUGGUAUGAUAUGUAUUCAGCUUGAUCAAACUUAAUGAAACGAAAUAUAACAAUUUGAAGGUAUCUAUUAAUUGUUGCUGAAGACACAAACUUUUAUUAGUAUGCUAUGUGAGUUGCUAUUAAGUUUCAUUUUAUUCUUAUGGGGUUUGAGCUGGGCAAUGUUGUGACUAAUCAAAUAGUUUGGUAUAAAUAGAUGUAUAACUUUAUUGUAUUCCAGUGAUCUACCUACAUUUAGUUUUACAAUAUCACUUGAAAGAUCAUUUAUUUGAUUUAAAGAGCUUCAAUUGGGCAAUGAUUAGACCAUAUUUAUACUGAGUGUCUGAGUAUAAUUUAGUACAAGUAGUAAUUAAAAACAUUUUCUCUUUAUAUCUCAAAAUAUAAAAAAGAGAAUCACAUUUACCUUCAGUGAAUUUAUUUUCAUAAGCUAUAAAACACAGGGUGUGUAGAGCUGAGAAAGUAGACCAUGAAAGUAUUUCCUCUGCGUGUGGCGCUCAUAAAUCGUUUGGAAACCGGUGAGAACCUAGAAAGCAGAAAAUGAGUGAAUCAGAUCAAAAGUUGAUCACAGGUUUAUAAUACUGGUAGGCCUUCAUGUUAUACUAAAGCCCAAACAGUGAGCCAAUAAUAAGUUGAAAACUAAAAGGAAACAGAAGUUUCCAAACUGUUUAGGACAAGAUGUUUAAGAAUUCAGGUAGCUACAACAUAAAUAGGAGUUAUUUUACUUCGUAUAAAAAUGUGACAUUAUCAACCGUUAAACUCUUCAUUGCUGUAUUUGUGAAAGCAUUUUUUAUCCGAUUUAUUUCUAAAAUCGAUCAACUCUGUUUAGAUGUUUAUUUUUGCUGUUUGUUGCUAAUUCUUGUGACAAUGCAUAUUGUGUCUUUUGUGUUUGAAAAAUAAAUACAGUGAAAUGUA